AUCACCACGAGUCGCAGCGGAGACACAAGAGGAGACCCAGAGAAGGCGGGGAUAGAGUCGGGAGCAGGAGAGGCCGAUGGGGCGGCAACGGAGUCCCGGAACUUUGGAUACGGGAACUGGGGUCUCGCUGGCAGGGGAGAGGGAGAAUAGCCAGCCGCGCAAUCACGUGACCGGAAGUCGGAGGCACGCGGGCCGGAAGCCGGGGUCGCGCCAGGCUCGGGCAGGGAAGGCGACCAUGGCGGCGAGUCUCGGAGAGCGGCGCCUCUUCGUGGGCGGUCUCGGGCCCUCGGUUACGCAGGACGAUGUGUGCGCUCAGCUGGGCCGCUUCGGGGACGUGUCCUCCGUGGAACUCGUGUCUCGGGUGAACGAGCUCGGCAGCCCCGAGAAGACCUUCGCUUACGUCAACAUCCGGCUGUCCGAGGGAGCCCUGAAGGCCUGCCUGGCGGCUCUGGACAAGAGCACGUGGAAGGGCAGCGCUCUGCGGGUCCAGCUGGCCAAGGAGAGCUUUCUGCACAGGCUGGCACAGGAGAGGCUUCAGGCCAAGGCAGAGCAGGAGCAGCAGCGCCCAGAUGGCACCACGGCAGCUGCGGGGACGAAGGGAGGCCUGGAGCUCUGCAUGAAGGCUGUUCCAGGAACAGAGGUCCCGGGACGCAAGGACUGGGUCGUGAGUAAGUUUGGGAGAGUGUUACCCAUCCUGCACCUUAGAAGCCGGAACAGACGUAAAAUCUUAAAAUAUGAUCCAUCAAAAUAUUGCCACAACCUGAAGAAGUUUGAACAAGAUGUCACAGAUGCUGUCUCUAUUUCUGACCUCACGUGGAAGUUGGAAGGAGGGGAUGACGUGAUGAGCAAGAAACGACAAGGCCAGUUUCCUGCCUUCAGAAGCUGUCCUGCUAAGAGAGUGAAGGUGGGGGGCACUCACUGCUCCCCAUCCAAGACUGUGGGACGCCCUGAGCCGACAUCCCCGGCCCCCCCAAACACAGCACCACAGAUGGAUGUGCAGAAAGCAGAUUCCAGGCCAGCUGAUCUUCCUACAUCCGGCUUCUCUAAGCGUAAGAACAGUCACAAGCUAGAAGCAGGGUUUCUUCAGACUUCAAAAUCCCCCAUUGUCAGAGGCAAAAAUAGCGUGUCUGAUGAUGGUACUGAUUCUGAAGAAGAAUUGAAAGCCGUGAUAGCAGAAGAGAAGAAAUCACAAAGCACGGCCUUCCCCGAGACAAACAGCACUGAGAAGGAUUCCUUUGAAGUGGUUGGCAUCGACUUCAAGCCAAAACCAGCCAGGUCAGGGCUCAGACAGAAAAGCCCCCAGGCCCCUGGCACAGGCAGUGCCAUUCAUCUGGCUGAAGAUGACCAAGAGUAUGACUUGGGAGACACAGGUGAAAUCAUUGCCGGGGGGAGAAAUGGUGAUCAGAGCAAAGACAAGCAAACAGUUUCAUCAAAAAACAAAUCUAAACAAAAAGAGGACUUUCUGAAAAAUAGAGCAAAUUGUCCAUUUUCUCAUCAUGCUACAGAAAUGAGUAAAAGGAAAAACCUCACAGGUAAUGAAGGAGGGUCAAUUAAUUGCACAAAACGCGUCUCUAAAAAGCUGUCUAGUGUCUCACCUGAAUCUGAGCAUGGUGAAUCUGAAGAAGACCUGGAUUAUGAGUCCAUGAUGAGUAACUGCUGUCGCCUUGACCUCACCUUGGCAGACUUAGAAAAGCUGGCAAAUGAAGAUGCCAAGAGCCGGGGGGGAAAUGCCAGAUGUGCCGAGCAGGCUCUCCCCAAGAGACAGGACGUUGGUUCUGGCCAGAAAACUAAGAAGGCUCCCAAAAAAGGGGCUCGGUGCAUCAAUCCCAGCGACAUUUUGGCUUCCCUCUUGGAAGGGGAAGAGAAAGUCAGUGACCAGAACCCACCGAAGAACAAUAUGUUGAAGUCCAAGUUUCAGGCUUUCAGAGGCGUGGGAGCGCUCUAUAGAGGGGAGAAACCCAAAAAGCCCUGUAAGAACAGUGGCAUUGCCACUCAGGUAAAAGAACAGAAUUCAUUGAGACAGGAAACAUCCCUUGGCAGUUCUGCAGGAGAACAAGCCUUUGAUUUGAUCACUUGUUCCAGUGAUGAAAUGUCCCCGCCUCAAGAUGGGAAGGAAGCAGAUGGAGCCAAGAGUCUUCCAUGUUGUCCUGGAAAACUUCCCAGGAGGCAGCCAGCCAGUGGAGACCAGCGUGGUGCUGUGCACUCACCCUCCUCCCGUUCUGAAUGUGAAAAUGCUUCUGUUUCUAGCCCGUCAUCAUCAGGUGCUAAGAAACCCUUGAGUCUUCAUGCAGAGCCUUGUAGGACAGACUUGGGAAGUGAUGAUGGCCUUGGCACCCCAGAAAUGGGAGACCCCGAGUGGGAAAGGAGUGGUUUCAUCACUGUCGGGCCUUCUACAGGUCUGGAGCCCAGGCAUGAGCUGGCAGUUCUGGAAACAGAUUCCCAGAAACCUCUCAAGCUCUCUGUUGGGAGGGACGGUGUGCCUUCUCGUGUGCGAGGAAAGGACCCAGAGGGGUCUCGGGCAAGGGAGACUGAAUGCCCACCUUCUUAUGUGUCUCCAGCUGGUGCCAUCAGCCCUCCUCAGAACUGUCAGGAUAAUCAGAAACGCUUGGCAGCCCUAGAGGAAAGGAGAAGAGAGUGGGAGCUGCAGAAGCGGCUGGUUCACAGUGCUUUGUCCAGCCUGGACGGCCCUCCAGCAAGCAAACCAACUCACAUCCUGUUCAGCUCCAGCAGUGAAGACGAAACAGAAGAAGACAGUGACAGAAGGCCUCUUCCAGGCAGCGGAGGCAGACGAGAUUUGGCCAGUAAAACCUCUGGGAAGCUCUUUGAGAGCAGUGAGGACGAGGAGCAGGAGACUGAUGACGAGGCCCGGUUCCAAAUUAAACCCCAUUUUGAAGGCAGAGCUGGAAAAAAGCUCAUGAGUUUACAAUCCCACUUUGGCACUGAUGACCGGUUUCGAAUGGACGCUCGCUUUCUGGAAAGUGAGAGUGAAGAGGAAGAGGAGGAGAUAAAAAAAGCAGAGACAGCCGAGAAAGAGGAGCUCAUUGCUGAGAAAAAGAAAAAUAUGGAGGUGAUUAAAAACAUCCUGCACGUCAGCCAUCAGGCUCUGAAACUGAGCAAAGAGGAAACGGCUGCAAAGCAGUUCAGGAACAUCGUACGCUAUGACCCGACGAGAUUGGACCAUGCCGCGUUUGAAAGAAAAGUCGACCCUGAGGAAAAGGAAAGCAAAGCCAAACGCAGAAAGAAAAGAGAAGAGGCCGAGAAGCUUCCCGAAGUGUCCAGAGACCUGUAUCACAGCAUUGCCGCCGAUCUCAAGGAGAGAUUCAGGGCUACAGAGCCGGCCCCGGGCGCGGGAGCUGCCGGCCCUUGGAAUGAGACUCCUGAGGAGACAGAGAUGGCCACGGCCACGGCCCCAGGAGCACCCGACCCCCCGGGAGGCCUCGGCGAGUUCACCUUCUCCUUCUUUGGCCCGGACGUCGGUGAGGUCAAGCAAGACCCGUACAGGACUGAAGCCAGGCUUCCUGGGCACAUGGCCUGGCAGCAGGACCCUCGUUUCCAGGACAGUAGCUCGGAGGAGGACGAGGAGGAGCCCAAGCCUGUGGUUGGGAGCCAAGAAGUGGCCAGGCCAGAGGAAGCACAACCAUUGGAAAAACCAGCCAGGAGAUUUUUCUUUUUCUCCGAGAAUGAUGAAAGAUUACGUGUGGGUCCUGGGUCAUUCUGGCAAGCCUCAGGAAGCCAGUGCAGCAGCGAAGACUGGGAAUCCAGAACUGUGACUCUGCUGCAGGAUUGCCGGAAGAAACACAAAGCAGCCAGGAGGAAAGCCAAGCCCUAGAGAUGACAGUGACCAGUCAGGGGCCAGGGGCCCUUCCUUUGAGGCUUCAGGAAGAGGUGGCCUGAGGGCCCACUCUAAAACCAGGAGCCCUGCCUUGGACAGGGGCUGGCUGGGAAGGGGCGGAGGCCUCUCUGUGAGGCUCCUGGGGGCAUCUGGGUGUCUAGACUGCCCGCCAGGGUCCCUGAAGGCGUGGGUUAACAUUCUCUGUGUUUCUUGUGUUGUCUGUUUUGUUAAAUAUUACCCAGUUGCAUUCAUUUAGGUAUGAAGCCUCCAAAGAGCUUGACCCUGAAUAUGCCCCAGGGGUGUGAGGACCCUGCCAGGCCAUACUGCAGAGAAGGGGCUGCCAUGGUCCUCAGACUCACCUGGCCAAGGCAGCUUUUGGCAGAAAGAGCUACCUGCUGCUUUCUCUCCACUGGCUUUAGGAAACCUUUUGAGUGAAUGUAAUAUCAGCUUCAUUGCUAUAAAAGAGGAAAAACCAUUUAUUUUUUAAAAGAAGCCCAAAGUGAUCCUAGGUCACUGCCAUUUAUUAGGACUGACACUCUGACGAGCCCUUCCCCAUUACUGUUUUCAGUGCUGGUGUAAAUAAGAGGGCUUCAUUCAUUUAUGACUGUACAAAAGUGAUUUGUCUCCUAUUUUGACAUUUAUUUUCAGAAAUAUAAACAGAACAAUCUUUUUCCUUU